AUGCUAACCGAUAAAGAGAUCGACGAUGCUGCAAAGCAGCUGGCAGACUAUCGCCGCAAUGAUAAACUCGAAGCAAUCCUCAAUAAUUAUGCGUUGCUGCUCGAGGAGCAUCAGCGUCUCAAGAGCGACUACGAGGAGGAGCGGGAUGCCCGGGAGCGCUACAAGCAGCUAGCUCGUGGCCAGGAGCGCAACCCUUUUGUCCUGGUUCUUAUUGACGCCGAUGGCUAUGUUUUUGACGAUCGUCUCGUCGGUGCUGGGGCCGAGGGAGGCUCGAGGGCUGCCCAGCUGCUCAACGACGGCAUCAAGACCAGCCUGCGCCGGAAGGGCCUCGAGCACUGCGACAUCGUCGUCCGUGCCUACGCCAACGUCGCUGGCCUGUCCAAGGCCCUGAGCAAGUCAGGCCUUCUUGGUGCCGAGAAGCGCUCGCUGGCGCCCUUCAUCGCCCAUUUCAACAGGUCCUAUCCUCUAACCGACUUUGUCGACGCCGGCGAGCUCAAGGAGAAUGCUGAUUUCAAGCUCCGCGGCCUGCUGCGCCUUUAUGCCGAGAACGCUCAGUGUAAGCAUAUUUACUUUGCUGCUUGCCACGACGCCGGCUAUGUGUCCGAACUCACCCAGUAUCGGGACCACAGCGACCGUGUCACCCUCAUAAAGACACCAGGCCUGCUAUUUCACGACGAGUUUACCAAGCUUGGUCUAGGCAUCGAGGAGCUCCCGGGCGUCUUCCGACCCGCCGGCUCUGCCAUGGAUGCCAUCUAUCCUAAGCCGCUCCAGACCAUCUCCUCCUUCAACAAAUCUACUCCGUCCCUCCCGUCUCCAUCCUCAGCAGCAACGAGUGCUGAGAUCUGUUCGUUUUACAAGUUGGGCAAGUGCAGAUAUGGCAGUAACUGCAAGAAGCUGCAUGCCAACCCGCAAUCGAUGACAACGACAACGAGCACCCUACCGGUUCGGUCAAUGCACGCUCGCGACAGCCCCCAUAGGACCUAUAUGCAGCAGGCCGACCUCCUGCGUCAACUGCCCAGAAAAGAAGACAUCCCGCCCGGUCACGUCGCCGUAAAUAAAAAUGGUCAGCGCCUGGAUUACUACCUGUCUCCGCCUACCCCCGACGCCGAGAACCGCCUCAGGGCUCGCUCUGCCACUACAAGGCUGUGCAACGCUAUGCACCUGAAGGGCUCAUGCAGCACACCCGGCUGCGAAUACGACCACAGCCAGGUCGAAGAAGACCUCAAACCCGCCCUCGAAUGGCUUGCCCGCUCUCUACCCUGCGCUAAGCGCGGCGACUGUCGAAAUGCAGCCUGCCUAUCCGGCCACGUGUGUCUAAAGCCGGACUGCAAGCACUAUGGCUCAGGCAAGGCUUAUUGCAAGAUAGGCUUCCUUACGCACUUGACCGAUUUAGCUGUCGACCGUUACGUGCCCGCCACUACGGGUCAACAGCCCAGUAACGGCGAUCCUGUUAAUCACACCUCACCAUCAUCCACAGUUACUUCUCCCGUCACCGAAGACGACGAGGACGAAGGCGGAAGUAACACACCUCUAGGUGGCACCUCAAUUUAG